AUGGUUGUCGAAUCCGGCCUCUACGAACAACUCGGCAUCAGCCGCGAUGCAUCCCACGAUGAAAUAAAGAAAUCGUACCGCCAGGCCGCCCUGCGAUGGCAUCCCGACCGCAACCCAGACAAUCCUGCCGCAGCCGAUAACUUCAAGGCCUGUCUCGAGGCUUACGAGGUCCUCUCCGACCCGGACAAGCGUGCUACUUAUGACUCCCAAGGUCUAGGCGGCAGUCGCCAGUCUGCUGCUCCGCCGCCCUCAUAUCCUCGCCAGCAAGAAUAUCAGCAAGCAUAUCGGCAACAACACCAGCCAGAACCCCAGCAACAAUAUCAGCAACAACAACACCACCACCAACAACAACAACCCCAGCAACAUCAAUAUCAGCAGCAACCGCAACGACGUGCCACGUUCUCCCACUCGGCAACGGCCAACGCCAGGCCCUUCCCCAACUUCUUCUCCGGCACGUCCUGGGACCCGGGCUUCCCCAGCUUCCCCGCGCACCGUCAGUCGGCGACUUCGUCUGCACGUGCUGCCGAAUCUGCACGCGCUUCCUCUUCCGUGCACGACGACGACUUUCCCCAAGACUUCUCCGACGACCCGCGCGUCCACGCGGCCAGCUAUUCCUUCCAUAUGAGCAGCAGCAGCAGCACCAGCCACGCGGCCGACGGCACAUACUCGGCCCAGUUCCACACCUGGAACAACGUCGACGGCCACCGCAGCGGCAGCGGCAGCGGCACGCUCGGCAACAACUUCAGUCCGCUCCUCAAUGGCUUUCAUAACGAAGCUCCACCCACCUUCGGCCGGCCAACAAACAUGUUUGCGGGCACGAACAUGAACGGUGACCGCGGCAACUCCCGGCAGAGGGUGCAAGACUUUUCAGGACAGCGGCGGUGGAUGUGA